AAUCCCUGAACCCUGGAGAGAAGCUUUCUGACUAGGUGCUGCUGCCAAAGAAAAUGGAAGAUUCACCAGCUGGCUUGGACCUCAGCCGUUGUCAAGAACAGACAGAACAUGCAGGUUUACGGGAUAUUUUGAAUGAUGGGGGUUCUAACUCAUAUCAUGAAACAGAAAACAUGGAGAACAGUGAAUAUGAGAAAGAAUAUAAUUCGACUAAUGAAAGAGAGAGAGAAGAAGACCGCUUAUUUAAGAUCAAUUGUGACUAUGAUGAAAAACAAGGUGGAAUUAUGAAGUCUGAGCCAGUAGAAAUUGGAGAAGAACCCAGAAUCCUUUAUAACUGCAGGCCGGAAUAUGGAGACUAUGACCACAUGGAACUGGAGAGGCAUUCUGAACCAUGUGACCUUGUCAAAUCAAAUACUGCAAAACUGAAGUGUGACAUUUGUGGAUUGGGUUGUGUCAGCCUCAACGUUCUGGUGGUUCACAAACGCAGCCAUACUGGUGAGCGCCCUUUCCAUUGCAAUCAGUGUGGAGCCUCAUUUACUCAGAAGGGAAAUCUUCUCCGCCAUGUUAAACUUCACACUGGGGAAAAGCCAUUCAAAUGUCACCUUUGUAGCUAUGCUUGUCAAAGAAGAGAUGCACUCACAGGUCACUUAAGGACACAUUCUGUGGAGAAACCAUUCAAGUGUGAAUUCUGUGGACGGAGUUAUAAGCAGAGAAGUUCAUUAGAGGAACACAAAGAAAGAUGUCGGACAUACCUACAGAAUGCUAGCCUCAGUGAAGCUGAAAGUUCAGAGAGAAGGCACAUCAGAACUGAGAUGGGGACUGAGCGGGCCCUUGUCCUGGACCGCUUAGCAAGCAAUGUUGCCAAACGAAAACGUUCCAUGCCACAGAAAUUUAUUGGUGAAAAACAUCCUAACUUUGAAGUGAAUUACAGCCAUGGCUUUUUAUAUGAAAAGGAGAGAGAGGCUAUGCUGCCAGGGUGCAUGGCAGAGCAAGCCUUCAGCAAUGCCAUUGGCUAUCUUGGUGCAGAACCAGCACGCUCACUUGUGCAGACCUCAGCUGCUCCAACUUCAGAGAUGGUGCCUGUUAUCAGCAGUCUGUACCCUCUUACAUUCACUCACACUGAAAUGCCCAAUAACAACCCACUGAAAAUGGAAAGGAGUGACAUCCAACCGAGAGACAAGAUACCUACUGAGCAAGGCCUUUCUCCAAACAAUAGUGGUCAAAAUUCUACAGAUUCAGAUAACAUUCAAGAAGAGAACCAGAAUCAUGCCUACCUUCAAAAUCAAAUGGUUCCUCCUCCUUUGCAGGCCAGGAAUGGACUGCUGACUUUCAAGGAAAACCCUAGAUCAUAUGACAUGUUCAGGCAAUCAACCAUUUGUCCUUGUGAUGUCUUGAAAGUUUUCAACAAAGAAGGUGAACCCGUUGGAUUCUUUCGAUGUGAUCAUUGCCGUGUUCUUUUCUUGGAUUAUGUUAUGUUCACUAUCCAUAUGGGAUGUCAUGGUUUUCGUGACCCUUUUGAAUGUAACAUGUGUGGGUUCAGGAGCCAUGACAAAUAUGAGUUCUCCUCCCACAUAAUUCGGGGUGAACACAGAGUAGGUAUGAUAUGAGAGCAAAAUUACUCUAUUCUUUUCUGAGACACUCUGUAUUGCAAAAAUCAGCCAGUUUUUGAAGUAGAGUUAAAUAUUGAGUUUUCUCAAGAAGAUAAAGCAAAACAAAUCUGAUCACGAAUGUAUGAAUGGGUAUUUUUAUGAAAUUCACAUAAAGAACUAAAGUGUUGAACAUUCUUUGAUCAGGAACUGAGAAGGUUAAACAUUAUACUUUCUAACACAGGCAACAUAAUAAGAUCUUUUUUUAAAACAAAGAUCUCCUUAAAUUCUGAAGUUUUUAGAAAAACUGGUUUAUUUUUCAGUGAUUCUCUGCUUUUUAACAUUUUAUUAACAAUGUACUAAUUUUUGGCCCAACCAUCUUUUGUCUAGUUAAACAUCUUUUGCAUGUCUUGUGGCAAAGCAUUUACUGUAUUAUAGUGCUACCUAACUCCAGCAGAUCUUACUGCCUUAUUUUACUACAUGCUUUUUAAUGAAAACAAAAGCUUCUUCAAUACUAGACUUCUAUUAAGCUGUCAAACUGCCUUAUUCAGAAUUCUACUAGAUGUCCAAAU